AGCGCGCAGGCGCACUAGUGCUCUGGGCAGCGCCCGGGCUGUGAGAUCGGCCGCAUUGCGUAGUAGGUGCUGGUGGUGGACGCGGGGCCCGGCGGCGGCAGCGACGGCGGCCCGGUCCACCCGUCGCAGCCUGUCACCGUGGCCCCGCAAAGGCAGAAUGCCACCACUGGCCCGGAGCCUGUUCUGGAUCUGCCUGAUUCUCUGCCCCCUGGUCGGCGCCUUCCUGGAGUCCGAGAGACCUGGCAACUUGACAGCAGAGACUCUAAAUGUCCUUCUUAUCAUCGUGGAUGACCUGCGUCCUGCCCUGGGCUGUUAUGGUGACAGGCUGGUAAGGUCCCCAAACAUUGACCAGCUGGCAUCCCACAGCCUCCUCUUCCAGAAUGCCUUUGCCCAGCAAGCGGUGUGUGCCCCCAGCCGUGUGUCCUUCCUCACUGGGAGGCGACCAGACACGACCCGUCUGUAUGACUUCAACUCCUACUGGAGGGUGCAUGCUGGUAACUUCUCCACCAUCCCACAGUACUUCAAAGAAAAUGGCUAUGUGACCAUGUCCGUCGGAAAAGUCUUUCACCCUGGAAUAUCUUCAAAUCACAGCGAUGAUUCUCCAUAUAGCUGGUCUGUCCCACCCUAUCAUCCUUCUUCUGAAAAGUACGAAAACACCAAGACAUGUAGGGGCCCAGACGGAGAACUACAUGCCAACCUGCUUUGCCCCGUGAAUGUGGCAGAUGUGCCUGAGGGCACAUUGCCUGACAAGCAGAGCACUGAGCAAGCCAUCCAGUUGCUGGAAAAGAUGAAGACGACAGCCAGCCCUUUCUUCCUGGCUGUGGGGUACCAUAAGCCACACAUCCCCUUCAGAUACCCCAAGGAAUUCCAGAAACUGUACCCCCUGGACAACAUCACAUUGGCUCCCGAUCCCCAGGUCCCUUCGGGCCUCCCUCCAGUGGCCUACAACCCCUGGAUGGACAUCAGGCAGCGUGAGGACGUACAGGCCUUGAACCUCAGCGUGCCCUAUGGCCCAAUUCCUGUGGACUUUCAGCGGAAAAUCCGCCAGAGCUACUUUGCUUCUGUUUCGUAUCUGGACACUGAGGUAGGCCGCCUUCUGAGUGCCCUGGAGGACCUGCAGCUGGCCAGGAACACCAUCGUUGCAUUCACUUCAGAUCAUGGGUGGGCCCUCGGUGAGCAUGGAGAGUGGGCAAAAUACAGCAAUUUUGAUGUCACUACUCAUGUGCCCCUGAUGUUCUACGUUCCUGGAAAAACAGCUCCACUUCCGGAAGCAGGCCAGAAGCUUUUCCCUUACAUCGACCCUUUUGAUUCUGCUGCGGAAUUGAUUGAGACAGGCCACCAAACCUCGGACUUGGUGGAGCUGGUCUCUCUCUUCCCCACACUGGUGGGACUCGCGGGACUGCGUGUUCCACCCCGCUGCCCUGUUCCCUCUUUCAUGUUGAGCUAUGCAGAGAAGGUCGGAAUCUUCAGAAGCAUUUUCGAUUCCACAACUUGGACUCAGAAGAGGAUCCACUCCUUCUUGGUACCCCAUGAGUUGAUUGCCUAUAGCCAGUAUCCCCGGCCUGCAGACACUCCUCAGUGGAAUUCUGACAAGCCAAGUCUAAAAGAUAUCAAGGUCAUGGGCUACUCCAUACGCACCACAGACUAUAGGUAUACUGUGUGGGUGAGCUUUGAUCCCCAUACCUUUCUGGCUAACUUCUCUGAUGUCCAUGCAGGAGAACUGUAUUUUGUGGAUUCUGACCCUUUGCAGGAUCACAAUGUGUACAAUAACUCCCAAGGUGGAGAACUUUUCCAGUCAUUGAUGCCUUGAGUGUUGUUACAGAGGGCAUAGUUCCCGCCUAUGGUGUGUGAAGGAGAACUGAUUAUUUUGUGAUUAUUUCCAAUACUGGGAAUAGUCUGAAAGGCUGUCAAAAUGUGCAUCAACAAUGUGGCCUAAGGAUGUCUAGCAGCCAAGCCUUUAGUCUAGUCUUUGUUAAGUUCUAAUUGGUAACUGGAGUGGGGAUGGGUGGGGCCUUUUCUUUCUCUCUUUUAGACAAUCUUUGUUUAUUUUAUGAGUGAAUAAGAACUAAUCAAGCAAACUGAAACUGUCAUGCAUUGAAAUAUCAAGACAACAGUGACUUUGGAAAACACUACACUUCAUAAACAUUCUUACUAAAUUUGUGGAAUUCAGUACAUUUCAAAAAGUAGCCAUGUAUCAAAUUAGGUUUUGACACUCACUUUCUGGUUCUUUUAUUUAUAGUUUAUCAAUGUAUCAAUGAAUUAGGCGAGUGUGAUAGAAAUACUAGGUCAACAUGUAAUCCAUCCACCUUUCUUUUUCAAAAUGUCAAGUUAAACAAUGAUGGUAGAUGUUCAAGUCUGAAAUUCUUAUGUUACAUUUUUGUGAGUAAAGUUUCAGACUUUCAAAAUUCAAUGAGUAUGCAUGGAAUGAUUUAUGUAGAAAUUCUAUGCCAAAAUACUGAAUCAUCUUCAUUAAACUUAACAUGUGAAAGAACAUUUCAAAUAUUUUUUGACCAAGUUACAUUUUUCUUUUUAGUAAAUGAUCUGACCAUUGAACCUAAAGGCCAUACGUUAAAAAGCACUGCUCCUGAAUAUGCAAAUCAAGGCAUAAGUAGAUCCUUCAGUGGAUUCACUCAAAGUCAUUAAUUCUCCCUUUGUAGAGCUGGUUGGCUGCAGACAUCCCCUUAACCAGGAGGCAAAAAAUUAUUCUGCUUUUUAUUGCUUAUCUAAGACAAUAGUAACUUGACUAUGUUCUGAUUUAUUGUGAGAGCUAUGUAAAUGUUUCAUUAGUAUCUUAGACAAUUACCUAGCAUGCUCCAGUGGCACAAUCGGUUUGCGCAUGGUACUUAUACAGCAGUAUCUUAGACAAUUCCCAAGCUUCCAAAAUAUAGUUCUUUUUUUCUUAAAUAUUAAAGUAACCAGAAAGCCAAAUGGUAGCCAUAAAACUCAGUCUUUUAAAAGAGAUAGGCUAUUCAUGAGUCAUAUUUACAGCCCGUGGAAGUUGAUUGAUUUUAAGUAGUCAGAAGAGUCAAGCACUUUCUACAGAGACACCAAUUGUAGUCCUGUAAUUUUUUAUGAGUUCUGCUUCAGUGUUUAAAAGUGUCAGUGAGACAAUAUGUGGUGAGUCUGAUUAAGUUACUGUGGUUGUAUUAAAUUGUGACCCCAAAAAGGCAAGAUCUUAUUUAAAAGAUCAAAUCAAAUCAGUAAAACUUCAGCACCAUUCUCCUUUAGCUGACUAGUCUCCAGUAGAGCUGUAGAUGGUAGCACAGUGAUCUUCAAAAUAAUUCCAUCAAGUAAUGUUCCAGCAGCAACAUUUUCUGUUUGAAGAGUGCAGGCUCUGAUUCAAGUUCCUCUCUCCCUGGCCUGAGCUCUUCCAUCUUCUGGAACUCUUAGAUUUCACAAAUAGUUUCCCAUAGCCUUUUCUUUCUCCUUCUUCCUCCCCUCCACUGUUCUCCUAAGGUUUUACAACACAACCUGUGGAUUCUUCAUGAUAUACUUUCUACUCCACAGUUAGAAGGCUAAGUUUUAGCACAUGCUCUUAAAAUGUCUGUUUUGUUACUAGUGAUUUAACAGUGCUUUACAACAUGAUAAACUUUCAAGGCUCUAGCUUCAAACCCAUACUUGGUGAGUGUAGGUCACCACACCUUCCACUGAUGUCCAGCUUUUAUUUCCAUCUACUUGUUGCCCUUGGUUGGCCAUGACAUUAACCUUUAUCAAUUUAUUUCUUGUAAUAUGCCUUGAAGCUCAUUUUUAAUCUCAAAAUUUCCCAAUUAUGUUCUUGUUGAGCUGUAAGCUGAACUGUGCUGGAAGCCAGUCAAGUGACAUGUGCAGCUGCCCCUUGGGUAGCAGUAUCUCUGCAUGACCAAAACUAUACCCCAGUCUGGGGGCACAUGGGGUGCUUUUGUGUGUUCAUCUCUUUUACUGGAAAUGUGUCCCUUUCCCUCCCUUCUCCUACCCUGCCCACCCCCCUUGCCCUCCUCUCCUUUCCCCUCUCCUUUUCUCUGUUUAAGGCUGUAGCUACAGAGUGCUUCUGUUCUCUUUAGGAUUCCUUUUUUUCCCUUGACUUUUCUUCCCACAUUUCCUCCUUUUAAAUAUGUAUACUAUGUCUCCUGUUAAGGGACUCACUUGGAACUCUCUGACUGGUAAUGGCUGCUUUUUGCGCUUUUGACACUGAACCCCACUUAGAACCAUGUUGAGUUUUCUGUUGCAUGCCUCCGAACCACAUUGGCAUAAUCAGUUGUGCCGUAGCUUUCAGAUCUCAAGGCUGACUGCAUUCCUCACUCUGGUUGAUUGCUGAAACCACAUCUUUGUUGCUUUGUUUGAUCCUGCUGAGCUGGGCAUGUUGCAUCAGUGACUUUCCAGCCACUUUAUGUGCAGAAAUCCCCAGUUCACUUGGGUCUAUUUGAUCUGGUUUAGUUGAACUCAUAGCAAGUGAGCCCAGAAGUGUGCUUUUUGUACUCAUUCCUUCAUUCUGAUGCUUGUCCAGUGUGGGUGCCACAGGGUACACAUGGAUGGCUCUUUGCACUUUAGAAACCAAAUUCAAAAAGUCUUAGAAAUUUCAGGUGCACUUGGCUUGUUUCAAGUACUCUGUUCCCACACUUUGUUGAAAUUGGCCAACACAUGUCUAGGAAGCAGAAAGUUUGGUUCAGCAGAGCUACCCAAGAUGACCUGGGAGUCUGAACUAGAUGCCCCUGGCUGCUGCCAGUUCCCCUCUGUGGCUCCCCUUUCUGUCUGGAGCUGAGCAAAGUGUCUGGUUGAAUCAUAGGUGGGAGUUCACUCUGGCUCAAGGCCUCCUCCUCUGCAUCACCAUCAUCCCUUCUUCCUUUUUUACCUAGUAGUUGACCGCCCCUCCGUUCACCUCCCCGGUCCCUAAAGGAAUCCACGUGUCUUCCUGGAAUCCCUCUUUGAUCCUGCCCUUUGACAACACCGCUAGUGCCUACUACUGGGUCUACACAGACCUCUGCUGAGCAGUCAGAGUCUUCCCUGACUCCACAAAGCCCCUUUCCUUGGCUGACCAGUUUACCUGCUGGUCCCUCCCUCUCCUGGCCAAUCCUGCCUCCCUCCCACCCUUAGGUCGGUCCUACCCCCUUUCUUCAUCAUGGGAUCAUGACCAUUUUCACACACCCGUUCCCUCCUUCAAAAGGCCUUGGGCUGUGAUUUUCUGAACUGUAUCCUGAGAUGGAAAAAAAAUUACUAAAGGAUCGUGUGAUGCUUUAAUGAACAAAAAGCAUUCUUUUUGUCCGAUUAUGAAAUUCAAGCAUAAAUUCAUGUAACUAUAAAUAUAGUGCAGGGUAAGCAAGCUCAUCAGUCUUUUAUCCUGACAUAAUCAUGGAAUAUGGAAUAUAUCUUGUCUUUUUGGGGAUGUGAAUUUCUUACAUGGUUAUGAUCAUGAUUGACACAUUCUUACGUAAUUUUAUUGUUUUGCACCUAGUAUUAUAUAUGGUCAUUACAUACUUAUGUAAAGAAGCUUUAUACUAGUUGUGAUUCAGUCUAUUGUGAAAUUUUAUCCUAAGCCAAGCUUCUUUCAGUUGUUGUAUAUGUACGUGAUUCACACAUUUUCAGUAUUGUAAAUAAUGCUGUGAUGAACAACUUUGUAGAGCAAAUGUUUUUAUGUACUUCAAAUUAUUCCUUUAGGAUAAUAUUUUAGAGCCAGAUUUUUGAAAGCUUUUUCAUUUGGUCUCUCUCUACUCUGGUGCUGACCUGGGAUGAUAAAACUAUAACAGAAAUUAAAAACAUAUAAACAAAAACAUAAAAUCAAACAAACCAACAAAAGAAAGAACUCACCCUAUAUAACACAUGGAACUAGUACCCUAUUUCAGCUUCUAUUCCUUUGCUUAUCUGUGACCUUGUUCCUUGUUCUCUAUGUGUAAUUGGUGGGCAUUUGUAUUUCCAGUUGUGUGAAGUUGCCUGUAAAUGUUGGUUCUGAGUUUCACUUCUUAAAGUAAUUAAACAAAUGACUCUUUUUCUAUGUGACUUUGCUCUUUUCCUGUCAGACAUGGAGGUUUUUUUUUCCAAUCUGGACAUUGAAUACAUAUUCAUUUUCCUUUA